AUGGAUUGGAGGAGCAGUUUUCUUUUUUCGGCAACACAAUUCGCCUUUUACGGUUCCUACUCGCAGAUAGAAGACCCCCUAGAGAACUCCGCCACAAUGAGUGCUGAAAUCGAUACGAAGGCGGGAUCGCUUAUUGACAAUAAUGAAAUUGGGAAUGAGAACAAAAUGUUUGUCGGUGGUUUGUCCAAAAAGACCACUGUCGAAGCAUUUCGAGCGUACUUUGAAGCGUACGGUGAUGUGAAAGACGUUGUUGUCAAAACUGAUCCGUCAACUGGGACCUCUCGUGGCUUUGGUUUCGUGAUGUUCACUGCCGAAGAAUCCAUCGGGAAGGUACUCGCCGCCGGCCCGCACAACCUCGACGGCAAACGGAUAGACCCAAAGAAGGCGGAGAGGCGCGAUGGAAAAAUGUUUGUCGGUGGAGUGAAGCCCGACACAAGUGUAGACACGAUUAAAGAGUAUUUCACCCAAUUCGGAGAGGUGGAGUCAGUCGAUCGUCCUAUGAACAAGCAGACUAACGAGAACAAGCCAUUUUGUUUCGUCAUUUUUAAAAAAGAUGGCGUCAAUAGCAAAUGCAUUAAACAGAGGUACCACGAAAUCGAUGGAAAGCGCUGCGAAUGCAAAGAAGGAAUCGCCAAAGAAAGAAUGGCGCCAGUUGGUCAAUUUUACGGCGGCGCUCCAGCAGGAAUGAGCUACGGAUACCAACAACCGUACGGGGGUUAUAUGAUUCCACCCCAGCAAUGGGGACAAGGAUACACUGGCUACGGACAACAGUGGGGCGGACCACACGCACAACCCCCGCACGGUCCUAGAGGUGGUGGUGCUGGAGGCGGCAGGGGCGGACGAGGUGGCGGAGCAGGUGGCCGAGGACGCGGCAGACCUACUCCUUACUAA